CCACUUCACAAGAGCGACACUUGGCUUGUGGUUUUAUUGCACUCAUACGUGGAAGAGAUUGACGGCUUUGCCAAAUCAGUCGGUCGGGUCAUUCUCAAAAUUAACCCCCAUCUUCCGAUGCAGGCAUGUGGGUAGCAGCAGUGUUGAACCAGUGUCGAACCUCUACAAAUGCAGCUAAAUUGUUGCGGAUUGUACUUCGUGCUCAAAUCCGUUAUGCUCCUUAUAUCCCAUACAUACAGUAUGACUUUUCAAAAAUACAAAACACCUUUAAAGGCAUUGUCAUGGGACUUAAAUGCUGUAAAAAUAAUCAAACCAUUUUUAAUGUUACAUCCCUGUAAUUUGAUCGUAUGUGAAAAAUGGUUCGCUUGGACAUGCGGAGACGUAGAUGAGCUGCCUUAUAAGAUAAAAUUGUAAAGGAUUUACCUGCGUGAGCCGCGGUUUCCAAAUAGAUUUAUGCUUUGACUUUUCUGCUCUGCUAGUGUUUUAGUACUAGGGAAAGUAAUUUUAAUGGAACUAAUUUUGCAAAGGUCUCACACAGUUGCAUGUAUUUAUUUAAAGGCUACUUUUAUCCAAUGCAGAAUACAGCUGAAGAUCAGUGAGCAGGGUCAGCCAAUCAUUGGGGCAAUUGGGGUUAAGGGCUUUGCUCAAGGGCGAAACAGCGAUUAGGUCACUCUGCCAUGUCUGCCCUCUGCCAGAAUCAUGUAGACAUGGGAGCAGAGCUGCCCACAGUCGGUGAGCUGUGCACCAUCCAGUUCCUGAAGCAUUGUUGAGUGAACUUGUGCACAAUGGAAACGCCACUUACUGAUCGUUUUCAGGGGGCAGAAAUUCUACUGUCUGUUACUGUCCAGUAUACAGUAGUUUGCUUAUGCUAGAUGACGUUUUUUGCUCUUAAUGGCAGGUUCCUCAUUUGGGUUUUCUUUUGUAAUGAUUAAAAUAAUAAUCGCUCUAGAAGAGACUUUUGCAAUUUCAAGUGGGAUGUGAGUCUGUUGCAAGGCGCCUGCACACGCACAGUCGGAGCCUAUAGGCGAUGUAGACCAUGCUAAUCAGUCUAACUGCAUGUCUGCAGGCAUCUGAGGAAAUGGAGAUGUUGGUGAAACUUCUGGAUGUUGCAACCGAAGGGAACUGAAGUAACACUGAGGUGGCAUCCACUGUAGACGCGUAGAGUGAAUGCGAAUAAAACACUUAACUCCGCGUCAGUGUUGUUUCCGGUCUCGACAGAAUCACUGAGGAUCCUUUAUCUUUAUGAUCCUUCCUUUAGUGAAAGCUGCAGUCUUGAAAAGGUAUCUGUGGCAAUUGUGAUGUGCUGAAUGUGAGCACAAAAUUGCAAAAUGUUAAGCUUUUAAUGGUCUCAACCGCAAAUAGCCGGAAGAUAUUUUGGAACGUUUUGUAAACCCGAAUAUCUCUUCACGAUUGUAUCUUUGCAUCCAAGAAGACCGUCACAUGUUGGUGUCAGUAUAAAGGCCUCAGAUCUCGGAAAGGUUGCAUCCCUUGGAAGUGACUGCUGAUCCCGGACCAUGAAGGGACUCCUAGUCAUCGCCGCCUUCUUCACCGCGGCCCAGAGUGCGAAGUUCUUUGCGGGAGACCAAGUUCUCAGAAUCAAUGCAGAGUCGGAGGAGCAGAUUCACCUUCUACAGGCCCUGGAGAAGCAGGAAAGCAUUGAGCUGGACUUCUGGCUUUCUCCCGUCUCCUCUGAUCUGCCCAUUGACGUCCGAGUUCCUUUCGCCAGCCUGCCGGCAGUCAAAGUUUUCCUGGAAUCAAACAACAUCCCUCACUAUGUUAUGAUCAAAGACGUGCAGGAACUGCUGGAAGAGGAGAGAGCCAACAUGAAGACCAGCAGAUUAAGGGAGAGCAGAACUAAGAGUUUCGAUUUCGGGGCUUAUCACACACUGGAAGAGAUCUACAGCUGGAUGGACAGCCUGGUCGCUGGCCAUCCUCAUCUAGUCACCAAGGUGCCAAUUGGGUACUCCUAUGAGAAACGCCCCAUGUAUGCUCUGAAGUUCAGUACGGGUGGAACCAAGCGUCCGGCCAUCUGGAUCGACGCUGGGAUCCACGCCAGGGAGUGGGUGUCCUCAGCCACAGCUGUCUGGACAGCCAAUAAGAUCGCAGCUGACUAUGGCCACGAUGCUUCAGUUACAUGCCUCUUGGACAGCAUGGACAUUUACCUGUUGAUUGUGACCAACCCUGAUGGCUACGUGUUCAGUUAUACCAACAACCGCAUGUGGCGUAAGACCCGCUCUGUGAUCCCUGGCUCUGCCUGCCGUGGUGUAGACCCCAACCGCAACUGGGAUGCUGGUUUUGGAGGCCCUGGAGCCAGUCAAAAUCCUUGCUCGGAAUCAUACCACGGCCCGCGGGCGGAGUCAGAGGUGGAGGUCCGUAACGUGGUGGAGCUCAUUAAGAGCCACGGGAACUUCAGGAGCUUCAUCUCGAUCCACUCGUACUCCCAGCUGCUCAUGUACCCCUAUGGCUAUACAUGUGCUGAUGCUGUGGACUCCGUCGAACUGGACUCUGUGGCCUCGUCCGCGGCCCGGGCACUCAGCUCUGUGUAUGGCACCAGCUACCGUGUGGGGAGCAUUUGUAAGAUCAUAUAUCAAGCUAGUGGGGGCAGCAUUGAUUGGUCAUACAACUAUGGCAUCAAAUACUCCUUUGCUUUCGAGCUACGCGACACGGGCCGCUACGGCUUUCUGCUGCCGGCCAAUCAGAUCGUCCCCACAGCCACAGAAACUUGGCAGGCUCUGAAGCACAUCAUGGAGUAUGUUCACACCCACUCGUUCUGAGGAUCCGAGCCAGGGCUGUGCAGAAUCAUCACCUUCAGAUCCUUCUCCUCUUUCCCGGCUCAUGUCGACUGUCUUACAUCAACCAGAAAUGGACUGAUGUAAAAGACCUGAAAGGGAGUGUAACAUAACUGAAGGUUACCAUUACAGGUCGUAUAAUAAAGCAAAUAAAAACCA